AUGUCAGCCAGCUCCCGCUUCUCCCUCUCCUCCCUCCCCUCCCCCAGCCCCUCCCUCUACUCCCACUCCCACUCCCCCUCCGCCUCCACCCUCGCCGCCGCAAACCAGAACCGCCGCGAGUCCGCCAGAGCAUCCCAGCCCUCCUCGCUCCAGCAGCAGCUCUUCGGGAGCAGCACUCCGGCCCCACUGGGCCCCCAAAAUAUCCAAGAUCGUCCCCUGGGCAAGUCAAAGCUUGCAGAAGUAGGCCUCGGUGCAUGGUCAUUCCUAUUCGCCGAGGUCGUGGCAUACAGCCAGAGCAGAGUGGAUAGCGUGUCUGAUCUGGAAGCGAGGUGUGUCUUGCUCCUAUUGCUGUACAUGAUGGAGCCUGGGGUCUGGCUGGGGUGUCUGCGGCCGGUGCUAAUUGAAGGAAUGCACUACAGAUUGUCGUCAUUAGGCUACGAUGCAGGACAGAGGAUACUCCCGCUCCUGCUCUUACGCAACACCCAGUCGUCAGGCAUCAAGGAGCCCAAAAGGGAGCACCGCCUCAUCCCCAUACUCCAAUUCAUCCAUACGCAGGUGUACCGCUAUUGCUUUGGCAAGCCCGCAGACGGUCUGGAACGCAGCGUAGAGGAAGAGAACGAGUACAUGAUCACGUUAAACCAGCCACCAUUAACUCAAUUCAUAUCUGUGCCGAAAGACAUGUCACAGCUCAGCUGCGAGGCGUUCACCGCCGGCAUCGUCGAAGGCGUGCUCGACGGUCUGGAAGUGCCGGCUCGCGUAACAGCUCAUACGGUACCGACAGACCAGUUUCCUCAACGCACAGUCAUCCUCAUCAAGCUAGACCAAAAGGUGAUGGACAGGGAGGAAGCGUUGGGCAAAUAG